UGAACCUAUAUAAGGAAGGAGCAGGGUGGAGGAAACACUCACUCUACUUCCCAGAGAACAAUGGCAGCCUACACAAGUCUCCUGGUCCUGAUGGUCCUCUGCAUUGCUUCAGCUGUUUCACUAAAAUGCUACACCUGUGGCUCAGAGUUCAGCAAUGCAAACUGCACGACCGUUGCCACCUGCGCUGCCAACCAGAGCUUCUGCAUGACCGAAAUCACUGGAUUUGCUGCCUAUAAAGUCAUCAUCAAGAACUGCAAUGCCGAUUGUCAGCCGAUAAACUUCAGCUUCAUCGCCGCUGUCAAAACUUCCUGCUGUUCCACCGAUCUCUGCAACGUCAGCGGUGCCUCCAGUAUCAAGUCCAAAUAUAACGUCCUUGCUGUGGCCCUGGGGUUCCUGGGGGCCCUCAUGAGACGAUCAAUAUAAAGUGUUUGGGAGUUUUUAGUAUACAAACCAAGUUUUGUGUUUUUAUUCAAUAAAUGUUUUAUGAUGAAGUUGUGACUUUUUGGAAAGGAAUAAUUUUUUUUUUUCAUGUAAAUGGAAGGCGACUUGCCAAAGCGCUCUGAUUGGUGGUCUUAAUGAGCGCCUACAAGAGGGCUUUGGGAUAACGCACCAUUUUUUGUAGUUGUAUUUCCAAAAGUCACAUUUAU